GGAAAUCAUCGAAAAGUGGUAAAGAAAAGAACUUUCAGCCACUUGUCUCUCUCUCUCUCUCUCUCUUUCUCUCUCUCCUCUCCCUCUCAUAUCCAGUUCUAACGCCAGGUGGCAUCGUUUCAUCUUCAUCUUGUUCCAGAGAGAGAGGGAGAGAGAGAAUGAAAGAGAAGAAUUUGGACCUGUUCGAUCCGAGCACGGGGAUGGACUCCGAUUACAUGCCGAACAGCAGUACUCGCGACGGAGAUUUUGGCUUCGCCUUUAACGACAGCAACUUCUCGGACCGGGUUCUCCGGAUCGAGAUCAUGGCCGAUUCGCCGGAGACCCGGUCCGACGGCGAGGCGUGCCACAGCCUCGCCGAUUGGGCCAGGCAUCGCAAGCGCAGGAGAGAAGAUGUCAAGAAAGAUAACGCUGUGGAUACUGCUGGAUGUGCUGAGGAGCAGAUUUUGAGUUGUAACCAGCCUGAUACUGAUGAUGGGCUGGGCUGUGACAAUGAAGAUGAAGAAGCAGUUGCGAUGAUUGAAGAAUCGCCUUCAGGAGAUGAAGGUGCCAAUAGUAAUGACUCAAACUGGAGCAUGGAUGGUUCUGUUCUGAGAGUUAAAACUUUACACAUCAGCUCUCCAAUAUUAGCAGCUAAAAGUCCAUUUUUCUAUAAACUCUUCUCAAAUGGGAUGAGGGAAUCAGAGCAGCGGCAUGUAACCUUACGGGUCAAUGCCUCUGAGGAAGCUGCCCUCAUGGAGCUCCUGAAUUUUAUGUAUAGCAACACCUUAUCUACAACUACUGCUCCUGCUUUGUUGGAUGUGCUGAUGGCUGCAGACAAGUUUGAGGUUGCUUCAUGCAUGAGGUAUUGCAGCCGACUGUUGCGCAAUUUGCCCAUGACACCUGAGUCUGCAUUGCUUUAUCUUGAACUUCCUUCGGGUGUCUUAAUGGCUGAAGCGGUUCAACCGUUGACAGAUGCAGCAAAGCAGUUCCUUGCUGCCCGUUACAAAGAUAUAACCAAGUUCCAAGAUGAAGUUAUGGCAUUGCCUCUUGCUGGGAUCGAGGCGAUUUUAUCUAGCGAUGAUCUCCAGGUGGCAUCAGAAGACACAGUAUACGACUUCGUUUUGAAGUGGGCCCGGGUCCACUACCCAAAACUGGAGGAGCGUCGAGAAAUCCUGGGCUCCCGCCUCGGUCGCUACAUCCGCUUCCCUUACAUGACUUGCCGAAAACUCAAGAAGGUCUUAACGUGCACCGAUUUCGACCACGAGCUCUCGUCCAAGGUUGUCCUAGAGUCUCUAUUUUUCAAGGCAGAGGCCCCACACCGACAGCGGGCCCUCGCUGCAGAAGAUUCUACCCCCACAAAUAAGCGUUUCAUCGAACGGGCCUACAAGUACCGGCCCAUUAAGGUGAUUGAGUUCGAACUCCCACGACAACAGUGUGUGGUUUACCUCGACCUGAAGCGAGAGGAGUGUGCGAAUUUGUUCCCAUGUGGACGGGUCUACUCCCAAGCAUUCCACUUGGGUGGACAAGGGUUUUUCCUUUCGGCGCAUUGCAAUGUGGACCAGCAGACAUCUUUCCACUGUUUUGGGUUGUUUCUCGGGAUGCAGGAAAAGGGGUCUGUUAGUUUUGCCGUUGACUAUGAGUUUGCAGCUAGGUCGAAGCCGACGGAGGAGUAUUUGAGCAAAUACAAAGGCAAUUACACUUUCACCGGUGGGAAAGCUGUUGGGUACCGUAACUUGUUUGCUAUACCGUGGACUUCAUUCAUGGCUGAAGAUAGUCUUUACUUCAUCAAUGGCAUUCUCCAUCUCAGGGCUGAGCUUACUAUCAAGCACUGAGAAAUUCUAAAGCUUUCCAUAGACUCUCCUUCUUGUGUGGGAGCUAAACCUUCUUUACCUUUGGCUUCAGAAAAGCAUUUAUGUUAUGUUUGGAUAAUGGAUUUAUGAGGAUUGCCGAGGGAAAUAAAAUUAAGCAUAACGAAGUAAAAGUGUCAGUUUAUCUCCUUGGUUUUGCUGUUAUUUUCCUUUCCCUUGGCAAUCCUUCCACAAAUCCACAAUCCAAGCGCAGUUUAAAGGAAAUGUCUAGGUGCUAGCACUAGGCUUUUUCAACUUCAUGGGUCUAAUUGUGCUCUGAUACUGGUAAGGGGAAAUUGGAAUUAGAUUGCUAGAGAGAAAGGGUCUCCUUUUUCAUCUUGUUGCUGUAUUGAAAAUGGAAUUUUGGAAGUGAAUAGGCUCUUGUAUGGAAUUGAAGCCACUUUUUGGAUUCAUUUUCUGAACUCUAA